UGCACGGCAGAAUGGGGUUGGACUGGAUCAGGGCCUUUGGGGCCUCUUCCAACUCUAGGAUUCUAUAUCCUUUACAUUCUAUGUCUUUUAUGUGGCGUGAUACUUUAGGGAUGCUUUGAUGGGAGAGAGAGUUCCUGCAUGGCGGAAGGGGGUCGGACUCCAAGGAAAAAACAAACAAGCAUGGAGUCCCUGAGGAAAGGCAGGGACGCAGGAAAGGCUGCUCUGGAGCCAGGCUGUCAAUGGAGCCGAGAAGCCUGUCCUCCCGCGGAGCUUGGCAAGGCUGGAAGUGGCUCUGGAUGGAAGCCAGUGUGGCCCGAGCCUGGCUGGGCGCGCGGCCAAAGGGAGCUGGGCUCCGAGGCCCAACGGUCCAAACGGAAAGGCAGCCGGUGGAGUCCGUUGCUCGUUGGGCUCGGAAGGGAGAGAGGGAGGAGGAGAGGCAAGGCCGGCCUCCAGAGGGGAAAGGGGCCUGGGCUCCGCUCCCUGGGCUGCCCCCGAUACUGGGUCUCUAGUCUCAUCGAUUUCGGCUAUACUUCCUCCUUUCUUCCUCUCGUUCCGACCGCAGAGCAGCCAUGGCAGAAGGCGGCAGGGAUUGGGACUUCUGCAUCAUCUGCGAAAAGGAGAUCCCUUUGGCCUACUUGGACCUUCAUGAGUUCUACUGCAGCAAGAACAAUGCGGCCUUCCCCAAAUCGAAGCUGAGGGACCACUACAAAAAGGAACACACCAAGGCUUCCAAAGGUCCCUCGUGGCUUGUACCCUGCCAGUACUGUGGCAUCAAGCUGGCCUUCAGCACGCUCCAGGACCAUCAGGACUACUGUGGCACUCGGACAAAAUACUGUGGCUUGUGUAAACGAAAUGUCAUGCUGAAAGACCUGAAGGUGCACCCCGCAAACUGUGACAUGAUGACGAAGGAAGUGGGAGUCGGCCAGGCCAGGCCCUACUUGAACCCGGAGCCUAAUAUUCGGACUACUCGAAACAUCCUCCCUCCAGAUGCUGCUUCCAGAUCCCUGCCUAGGACAACCAGGUUUCCCGAGAGCAGGCUGUAUAAUGGUUUCUCACGUGACCAGCCGCCCAGGCAGUUUGACAGGAGGAACAUUGGUCUGGCUCAGGGGGAUGGGAAUAAAGCUGGGAUCCUAAUGACGUGUUCAUUCUGUGACCAGCUGUGCCCAGAGGAAGACUUCAUCGAUCAUAUGAUGGGAUGCAACACUGUGCCCUCCUUCAGCCAAAGAAGCUCCGCUGGCUUCCAAUCUGAGUACCCUUGGGGUCCAUGGGAACAGCACCAGAGCAACCAGAACAUGGGCGGUAGACAAAUGCCUCCAUUCCAGCAUGACACCAACAACAACCAUAUGCUUCCAUGCGAGUUCUGUGGCGGAGAAGAUUUUGAAUUCCUUCCCCAGGAUAAGUGUGCCUUCUGCUCUGCCCCAGCCCCCUGGGUAGAAAGGAUGCCAACGGAGCAAAGGAUUCCAGUCAUGAAUUAUAUGGACAGAACAGAGAUACCUGAUCUGCCUCGAACACACAUCCAGCACCAAGGGGAAAUCCCACCUCACUACUUUGAGGAGACCAGGCAACAGACACUUCCUCAGCCUGUUCAGGAUAACCGGUACCCGACCAACCUGGUGACUGACCUCCAUAUUCAUGUGACUUCUGACAACAGGAGAGAAAAUAAUAUUGGGCCCAGAGUGUGUGUGCAAACAUCAAGUUCUCACCCAAGUGACCUUUCAGCCCAAUUUCACCCCAAUUUCCCUCCCAGCAGCUACGAGCCAAGUUUCCCAGAGACUGCUCCGUGUCUGCCCAGUAGCCUGAGAAAUGAAGGUGGCAGGAGUCCCACAAGGCGUACCCGUUACAACAAUAUAGAUAUGGGAUACAACCCCUUCAGCCAGAGUAUCCCCUCUGGCCCCCAAUCUGAGCACCCUUGGGGCCUGUGGGAACAGCAGCAGAACAACCAGAACAUGGGCAGUAGACAAAUGCCUCCAUUCCAGCGUGACACCUGCAUCACCCCUUGCGAAGUCUGUGGCGGACAAGAUUUUGAAUUAGUUCCCGAGGAUAAGUGUGCCGUCUGCUCUGCCCCAGCCCCCUGGGUGGAAAGGACGCCAAUGGAGCAAAGGAUUCCAGUCAUGAAUUACAUGGAGAGGACAGAGAUACCCGAUUUGCUUCGAACACACAUCCAGCACCAAGGGGAAAUCCCACCUCACUACUUUGAGGAGACCAGGCAACAGACACUUCCUCAGCCUGUUCAAGGGAACCGGCCCUGGAAUGGUUCUCACCCAAGUGACCUUUCAGCCCAAUUUCACCCCAGUUUCCCUUCCAGCAGCUACGAGCCAAGUUUCCCAGAGACUGCUCCAAGGCGGCCCAGCCUGAGAAAUGAAGGUGGCAGGAGUCACACAAGGCGUACCCAUUACUACUAAAUGGAGAUAUAGAGAAAAAACAUGGCAGAGUCCUAUUCCAUCUAAUAACUGCUCUGAGAAUGACCUAUGUUCAUCGGUGGAAAGAAAGCAACAUACCGGACAUUGAAGAAUGGAUUACAAACAUUUAUGAUACAGCUGAAAUGGAUAAGCUUAGAAGACUACUAUCAGAAGGAAAUUUAGAACACUUUGGAAAGGACUGGGAUAAAGUUAUUGUAUUAUUGAAACAGAAAAGAGGAUAGCUAGCAGUAGAAGGAUUUAUAGAGAGAUCAAUCUCUACUUAAAACAAAGGGGAAAACUCUGCUUUUUCUUUUUUCUUUCUACUUAAAAAUAUAAAAUAUAUGGGGGGAAAGGAGAAAAACACUAAGAUUGUUAUUUAUUUUAAGUUAACGCACUAAAGACAAUUUUUAAAAAAAGGAGUUAAAGAAGAUUCAAGAGAAAGAAAAAUCAUAUCUGUAAGGCUGGGAGGUUAGAUUUAAAAUAGGAACUUAGGAGAAUCUUUGUUGAGAAUUAACAUCAUAAUAUAGACUAGAUCUAUAUAGAAAUAUCAAGAGAUCCUGGGAGUCAGAGAAGGAGAAGUAAAAGUAUAUAGUAAGUGAAUAAAGGUAGGACUAUGUAGUAAGUUUUGGAGGAAAUAAGAGGGGGAAAGAGAAAGAAAGAAAGUGAGAAUAAAGACAGAAGAAGUAGUAGGGGAAGGAAGAGAAAAAUAAGGGAUAGAAAGGGAUAGAAAGAAGAGAGGGAUAGAGAAAUAGGUGUGAGUGAAUUUAGAAGGAACUCUGGACCCAAAUGUUUUUGUUAAUGUAGAAAUGCGAUGUUAUUGUCUUAAAUGUGCAAGUUCUCUUAAUGCUCUGUUUAUAUUUUUACAGUUUUACAUAUAUCUGCUUUUAUAUAAAUAUAGAUAGAAUUUUCAGGUUGAUGUAUCAGCCUUCAUGACAACAAAAUAACAACGACCAGAAGAGAUUAAUGUUAAUAACAAUUGCUGAUAGGUUGUAUAAAGAAGUUCCCAAACUAAUAUAUAAUAGAUACUAGAGAGAAUAUAUAUAAACACAUGUGCCUAUUUAUAUUUAUGAGAAUGUAAUGUCUAGAUUUGUGUGGGUUUUAUUGUGUUAUUUUAUUCUAUCUCGCAUUAUUAUGCAUUUAGUACUGUUUCAUCACUCUUUAUUUUUUAAUUUGUAGUUAAUGUAUAUGUUUUUCUUUGUUCCUGUCACUUGUUUCAUUCAACACUAGUAUCCAUGUAGUAUGUUGUUUGUUAUGUUGUUACAUUCCAAUCCAAUAAAAAUGAUUUAAAAUGGAAAAUGGUUCUUAGCCAUGUAUUCUCUUUACCCUCUGCUACUUGGGCAAUAGGGAUUCAGGUAGCUGAAGGGUUUCCUGCAUGUCUCUAUCCUAUGCAUAGUG